AUGACGAUAAAAUGUCAAACUACUACAACAUCUUACGAUUACAGUAGUCUAAUCAUUAAUAAUUUAUUUUUCUAUUCAUUUUUAAUUUAUUUGACAAGUAGUAUUGUAUCAAGUGCACCGAUUAGCGGCGGCGAGGAUUUCGAACAAAAUCAACAAGAACAUCGACGAUUGAAAUUGCAUAAGGAUUUUCAAUUUAUCAGGGUAAGUUGGGCUGAGUUUUUUUCGCCCAAUUUAUAUUUUAUAUAUUAUAUAUAUAUUAUAUUCAACCUCGAAAAAAAGACAGUGCGAAAAAAAUCGAUUGUUCUGUGUUGGGGUGGGGUAAAAGUCGACUAUCUUAUCGUUUUUUGGGGUAGAGUUUCUCCUAGUUAUUUUUUUUUGUUUUGUUCGAGAGCGCAACUCGACUCACAAAUCAUUUAUGAUGAUCAAAAAUGGGGUGGAAUUAGGGCAAGAUUGUCUGUAGAAGAUUUCUGGCAACCACCCCGCGAAAAAUGAUGAAUUCCUUUUUUUUGUCUUGCGCACCGAAAAAAAGGACAACAACAAUAAUCAAGACAACAAAAAAAGAUACAGUAACUGACGUAUUCAAUCUAAUCUUUGUUUGUGUAAUUCGACGAAAAAGUGAAAAUUCUAGAGGAGAUAGGGGACAGCAAGACAAAAAAAAGGUGACGAGAAAUACCUAAACUUUUUUCGGGUGACUUGAGCUAAAUCGAAAAAAACAGAUGCGCAACCAAGCUUGCUCUAUCGCACAAAUAUUGUCAAGAGUCGUGGAAGAGAAAACCAAAAUACAGUAGACGUUUGGUUUUCUAGUCCAUAUUUCGGAAUGACAAUAUUUUUCUGUGUGUACUUCUCGAGGAAUUUGGAUCCUAAUUUAUUCAGGGUAAAAUCUAGCCAAAUUUGGAAAGCUGAAAAUUCCAGAAAAAAGUUUUCUACAGCAAUUUCUACAAGCUUUUCCGACCCCGAGUAACUUUGAAAGAAAAAAAAAUCAAAAAAUUCACUCAACACAUCAGCUCUCUAUCUCUAUCUGUUCUUUUUAUCUCUGCGUCUCGCUGGUGACCCCCAAAAAACUUACACAGCAAAAAAAAAGAAACAAUUUAUUAUUAUAUCAUAUAAAAAAUGUAUGUGGCAAAAAAAACUUUUUUCAGAGUCAAUUAGAAGAAUACGGUUAUUUACGCGCACAUCCAACAUUGCACGAGUUCAGAAAAGCACUCAAACAUUUUCAGGUGAGCUCAGAUUUUUCUAAAAAUUCAAAAAAAAAAUAAAAAAUUUUCAGAAUGUAUUAGGCGUCGAGGAAACUGCUGAAAUCGACGAGGCGACUGUUUUGGCGGCCAAGAAACCGAGAUGUUCACAUGAGGAUGUGAUGAGACAUCAUCAUCGGAAUGGAGGACCAUCGAGAUCGAAACGGUUUUGUUAGUUGAUUUUUUUUCGCAAGACAUCUGAAGCUCGCCUCGCUCGAAAAACUAUCAAAAACAUUUUUGUUUCAGCCGUCUCACGUCAAGCGAACUGGGAUAGCAAACAUUUUUCGGGCAACUCUCUCCGCCUCAAAUGGUUCAUCUCAUCGUAUUCAAAUGAUAUGAGUCGAGAGCAAACGCAAAAAGUCGUUCGAAAAGCAUUCGAAUUGUGGGCACAUCAAAGCAAUAUAAAGAGUGAGAAAAAGGUAUGUGAUACAGUAUGCCAAGGCAAACAAACAAACAAAAAACAUCUAGGAAAAAACAAUAUGUACAACCAAAAAAACUCCCGAUCACCUUGACAUGUUUUGUUUUCAUCGAUGUUUUGGUUUUCAUAAUUUUCGUGGUUAUUAUAACCAGGAAGUUAUGCUAAUUUGAUAGACAUCGGGGGGAAGUUCAGGGAAAUUUUGAAUCAAAAUGAGGAAUCAGAGAAGGUCCGAUGUUCUUAGAGAAGUUCUAAAUCAGAUUGUAUUAAUUUCUAGUGCCAACAGUGAUUUCAAAUAAUUUUUGGCGCCAAAAACCACGUGGCAAAAAAUACAGAAUUUUUGAGAGAUGUUUAAUUUUAGCGCUGACUACUUUAGCUCUUUUUUGGCGCCAAAAUAAUGUUUAUAUUUUUUUGAUCUACUGUAAUUUAAUUUUUGACGCUAAAAACUACAGAAUUUUUUCAAAAAACAUCGGAUCUUCUCAGAUUCCCAUUGAAAAUGAAUCAAAAGAUCCUCUGUUCAAAAUUCAAUUCCAGGUCAGUCUACAUUUCUCGGAAGCGGCAAGCAAGGAAGAUGCGGAUAUUGAUAUUUUAUGGGCGAAUGGUCCACAUGGGGAUGAAUAUGAUGUAAGUUCUCACAUCAACAUUUUUUUUUGCAAAUCCAAAACCAAAACCAUAAAUUUCUAGUUCGACGCAUCGAGUCGUAAGACCAAUGUCUUGGCUCACACAUUUUUCCCAGCUUAUGAAUACCCGUUGAACGGCGAUAUUCAUUUUGAUGAUAAUGUUGAUUGGUAUGUGGAUUCUAACAGUGGAGAGCAAUCCGGCAAAGUGUUUUUCCCAUAUGUUUUGGCACAUGAAAUCGGGCAUUCAUUGGGAUUACAUCAUUCCGGGCGGAAAGAUUCUCUGAUGUAUCCGUAUUAUAAAAAUGUUCCGUUGGAUUCGAUUAGUUUGAGUGUAGAUGAUCGAUGUGGGAUUAAUUGGAACUAUGGUUGGUUUUUAAGCUCGAGAUCUAUUCUCACCCCAUAAUUUUUAGCUGGAAACUCGCAAUUCUGUUUAUUUGUUUGGUUGAUGUCUGAAUUAGUCGAAUACCGUCAAGAUUUGAUGAAUGGUGAGCACAGUACGUUGUCCCAAUUUACCCAAAUAAAAUUUUGUUGAUGAACAAUUUUAACAGACGGUGCAAGUCCCAUUACUGGUUAUCGACCACCUGCAAAACAACCAACAAAAGGUAAUUUAAUUCAAAAAUAUCCAAACAAGAAAGUUUUUGAAGUUCAUCGAAUUCCAAAGUGUACAUCGCAUAAUGAAUUUCGCAAAAAUGCGGGAGUUGGUUUGAAAAAACAUUUGCAAAUGACGGAAGAGGAAUCAGAGAAAUAUGGUAAAUAUAUUAAAAAAGUUUUACCUGGAAAAGAAACCUUUCAAUUUUUAGUGGAAGUUCUUUGCAAUUUCCUCGCUGGUCUUCAUAUGCAUCGAGCGACCAAACAAUAUUCACCGGGACAAUCUGUGGAACUUGAAUUUGCUGGGGUUAACAAGCAAGUUAAUACAUUUGUGAAUAAGCAUCAGUUGAAACGAAGUUUGAGGCAUGCGGAGAAAUUGAGAGAUGAGAAUCAACCAAGUAUAUUUGGUAGGUUGAAUUCUUUUCUGAAAAUAUUGUUAGCAGAAAAAAAUAAAAGAAAAAAUUGCAAAAAAAUAAAAAGAAAACAACGAGACUCCGCGUUGACGGCAACGCGCGUGGUUUGAAUUUAUUUUUUUGGCAGAUCCUGAAUAUUUUGAUGACGCUUUCUUCGACAAAUUUUUCCAAGAAUAUUACCCAACAUCUAUGGAAUGA